CCUGAUUGGCCAGAAGCCUCUGACGUCAGGUUUCAGGAAUAAGGAAGUCCCCAUCACUGUCACUAGCGGGAAAUUUGGAAGUUGUAGUUCAGUGAAAUGUCUGAAAGUUAUUUGAAGUCCAAACUGAAGAGGAAGAAACUCUCUGUGGAAGAGAACCAGGCGGAACCAUCCUCAAGGGGAACCCUGAACACGAGACACACGACAGCGUUCGCCAGAGACGGUCCAACAGAACCAGAGAGGUCAGCAGUGUGGUGGGACAGAGAGCAGCUGCCUGCCGUGGAGACUCUGUGGGCGCUGACGCUGAAGACCGCUCUGCCGUACCUGGAGAACCAAGUUCCUGAUCUUCCACAGCCGUGUACAGCGAGACCCAUCGCACUGAAGCUGGAUGAACAGCGAUGGUGUGACCUCAGUGAAAAGGUCGCUUCCUUCCCUGAAACUUCUCAGAGGACUUCAUCCAGUCCAAAUCCUCUCAGGCACAGCUCCUCCCAGCAAGACCUUUCAGUAGAGACCAAACCUGAACCGGACCCACCUGACAGACAUGUGUCCGCUCACAGCAGGCAAAGCCAGAACGGCAAGACAGCAUCCAUUCAAGCCCUCACUAAAAGACCACAGCCUUCCCUCUACAGCUGGGAGGGAGCAGCAGCAGCAUCAGCAGGACCGUCAAGUGUACGGGUAGAAGAGGAGAGGAAAGGGAAAGAGACUGGACCAGACAACAGACAGAUUCUCACCAGCCAGGGGAGGGCGUCUGACAGGCGAGAUGAAAAUAACGAGGAAGAGGAGGUGCAGACGAGCGUCAGAGGAGAUGGAGAAGCAGCAGGAGGAGUAGGCCUGCAGAGCUGCCCCAUGUGCCUGCUGGUGUUCCCUGCUGGGUUCACCCAGAUGGACUGCGACGGCCACCUGGCCCAGUGUCUGUCAGAGGUGAAUGUGGAUAUGACCUGGUGAGUCGAACAGGAUGCUGGCCGCCGUCCAGGAGCUCCGAGCAGCCCAGAUGUCCCACACACUCCACGAUCCUAUCACACGGAGAGGGGACACACCCAGAGAGCUGCUCGUACAGACAACACUCAGUGUUCAUGGAAACGGACUCAGAGACUGUGUUUAGACCUCAAGGUGAGGAAAGCCGGACAUUCACCUCUUGGAGAAAAACAUGUCCGGUGUUUGUCAGGAGGAGGCAGAGCAGCUGAUCAGAAACAACAACACAAACAUCAGAAGACUAAAAAUCCACAUGGACGUAUUAUGAUCAUGUGAUCACAUUGUGUUGUAACUGAAUGAUUUCAAGCACGUGGAGGUCUCAUGUAACACUGCAUUCAAAAUCAGUGUGGUUAUUUUACAGAUAUUUCCUGUUUUUUUUCUCUCCUGUUGUUAUUAUUAUAUUACUAAUCCUUAAAAAAUAUAAAUAAAAAUAUUGUAUAUUGUAUUUUUUUUUAUCUGAUAUUUUUGGGCUUUUGAACCUCUGAGCCCCUGCACAGCAACAUUUUAAUGACUCGAGUGUUUGCCGCCUUCUAUUGAAUCAAACGUGACGCUGCAACUUUUACUCAUCUCAUAUUUUCUGUUGAACUCUUUCAUUGUAUUAAAAAGUCAUUCGUUCAUUCUGCCUGGUUCAUGUUCCAUGUAAAACACUUUGAACCGCCUUGUUGUUAAAGCACACUGUCGUUUGUAAGUAAAUCCAGCACAUAACAAACGUGUUACUGACUUCCCUCCAAAUCUGCUUGGUGAGAUGCGCACUGCACUGUGGCUGAGCUGAUGA